AUGUGUGUAAAGAAUGAGGAAAAAAAAAAAAAGGACCCGUUGGGAGACUUUUCUAAACGACGAAGUCCAGUAUUUUUGAUAUCAGUAUUUACGGAUGCUCGCAUCGACCUGCGAACUCAUUUAGAAUAUACUCGUGCCCUUAUACCUUCCGUUCGUCAAGCGUAUUGGUGCCGGCUACCAGUCAGUUUCGAGACGUAUCCUUGCGACACCUGUGGCAGGCAGUACAGAAGGGUGAUAUCGUUGCAGCGACACAAGAGACUCGAGUGUGGGAAGGAAGCUCAGUUCGAGUGUGUACUGUGCCAUGCGAAAUUCAAGCAUAAACAUAGUUUGUUAAGACACUAUAACGUGCACGUGGCGGACGUGAAGAAAUCGGCUAAAUUUAAACACGAAAAGAAGUCGGCUUGA